CACACCUGCGCAAAGCCACUCCUUGUCCAGAGUGGCUCAGAGAUGGUUGAUUAGCCGAAGAAAGAGAAAAUGUGGCCUAGGAACAUAGUGGUACUUCUGUUCUGCUAUGCAAGUCUCUCAACUGGAAGUGGCCGUGUGUAUUUCACCUCCAAAAACUUUUACAACGUUCUUCACUGGGAUCCUGUAAAGCCACCUUUUCCAGGCCAAAAGGUUCUCUAUAGCGUGCAGUACUGGAGGGGUGAUGAUCAGGACUACUUGAUAAAAGAUGAGUGUCAAAACAUCACCAGCCUGUCAUGUGACCUAACUGCAGAAACCCCAUCAGUGUAUGAUGUUUACUACAGAGCUAAAGUAAUAGUUAACGGGAGCUGUUCUGACACCACCACCUCCUUUAAGCCCUUGAGAGACACUGUCCUUGGUCCACCACUUUUGUCUAUUCGCACAGCAGCAUCCACCCUGCAUGUCAACGUCACUGUGCCAAAGGGGCCAAAUGGAGACUCCAUUACAGAUAUCAUCACCUCCACCAAAAAAGCUGUGCUGGAGUAUACCUUAAAAAUAACCCAUCCACAGUGGGCUGCACAGGUCGUCAAAACCAAAAAUAACCACUUUGACAUCAACUUAAAGUACAACCAGUCAGACUACUGCGGCCAUGUGGUUUACACAGUUACUCCAGAAUGGGGUCGCUCAGUCAGUGAAAAUGCAUCCUUCUGUGUAACUCUGCCAGAUGAUCCUCGUAUACCUUUUCUGUGGCCUCUCCUGGGUGCUGCUGUUCUGGCAGCCAUAGUCAUAAUAUCAGCUGUGUGUGUGUGCAACUAUGUGAAAGGUGGAGACUCAAAGAUCAUAAAGUCACUGGUAAUAUCCUCCCAGAAAUUGAACGUUGUGGAACAUCCAGAUAAGAAUCUCAGGAUUUCUGAAGUUUCUAGCAGGGACACAAACCAAAUAGUUCACAACAAAGAAAAUACACCUCUAAACAGUGCUGAGAACUCUCCGUAUUGCCAGCAAAACCCUGUCACAAGUGCCCAGUCUUCUGGAAGCUACGCUGCAGUUGGAGUCCAGCCCCAAGAUCAAGAAAAUGAAAGAAUUUUUCAGCAGCGUGAUACUAUGCACAGACCAACAGGAAUAUGUUCUUCUUCGCUGCUUUCUGUGAAAAGUAGCAAAGAUAAACCCCAGAUAGGACAAGGAAUUGCAAGAUGGAGUAAUCCCGAGCAGCAGCCACUGGUCGUACAAACUGAAAGAGACAUCAAUGGACAACUACAACUUGUAUUUCAACUAAAGGGUAACCUUGAUGAAUUACAGAUAAACACAGAGAGGAAGCUUUUUUUAUCAGACGUAACCUGCCAGGAUGGACCGUUUAACAUUUUUGAAAGAGUAGACAGUUUAGAUGGGAGAGAUUCUGGCUGUUAUGACAGCAUGGUCAACACACCAACCAGCUUAUACUGCAACACCAGUUACUCCUCUGAAACAACGGUUCCUGAUUUUCAGCAAGAAUGUCAGACCACGCUUCCUUGUAAUGCCAUAUUUCAAUCAGGGUACAAACAAAACUGGAUGCCUGAAAGGCCACAUGAACCCAUAAACAUCACAGACACUUGAACCUUCAUUAGUCAAGAAAAAACACAAAGAGGACAUUAGGAGACAUGAGGUCAGGUGUGAAAAGGAAAUGACAAACUUCCUUACCCCACAAGAAUAUACAAAUUCAACAUUUGUCCAGUUUUUUACUCUAUAAACUUCCCCAGCAAUAUCCAUCAAGGACUGUUUUUCCCUAAUCAGAGAGUGGUGGAAGAAGAAGUUGACCAGAAAAAUGGGAACUAGAAAGAAAAUGUAGAAUUUGGGAAAAACCAGCAGAUUUGUAUGAAAGUAUUGAUGGUUAUGUUAAAAUCUGUUCUGCAUGUAAAUUUCCACUCCUUUAUGUGACAAAGGAUGCAGUGUAGUGUUUCUCAUUAUUUUAUAUAUUACUAUUUAUAACUAAUAUGCCACAAAUUACACAAGCAAAUAAUAACACAUGUGUAUGUACUAUGAAUGUAUUAGUGUGCCAUUGCCACAACUACAUAGAAAUUUAUAGAUCUGGUACAUUGUGACUAAUUUCAUAUCUCAGAUUUCUUUAAGGUUUGUUCUAUUUCUGUUUUGGCAAAUUCUGUUUUCACUUAAAACUAUGAUUAACCCAAGACCAACAUUCAAAAUAUUUCUUAUGAAUUUUUAUUAAUUGAAAGGUAACAGACUUUUUUUCAAUUUGUGUCACAUAUCUACAAAUGCAGUAAAGUUCUCCAGGUACUUAAUAGAUAUCUGGUAUGUCAUUUACUCAUCUCACUGACUAAUAUUUUUACACAACUCAAACUGUGCAAACUGUGCAGUUUCACAAGAAAUUUGUGACUAGAUGAAUAAUUCAUUUAUUCUAACCACGUAUAAGCCUCAAGUGACCGUUUUGUCCUCAUGGAUCAUUAUUUAUAUAAUAAGGAGAAGAGAAAUCACUCUGUGUGUAUGAAAGAGAAGUCAGUGUUACAUAGGUCUGACGGUAAACACAAUUUCACUAUUUUGAAACUGAGAAGACAUAAUUACUGAGGUAGCGUUGGGGCUGGUUUUUACCAACCCCUUGCUCCAUACAGAUGGUCGGGACCCUCAGCUAUUGAAAGACGACUUCUUGUUGGAGGCAGUUGUGUAUUCUGCUGAAGUUUUAAAUGAUUAGAUCUCAUUUUACCCAGAUGAUAACAUUUGACCAUGAUGUAUGUAAUGUGCCAGAACAAUCAUGAAGAAAGCUACGCUAUGAAGCUUACUGGAAAUUGUACGCACUGUGAACAACCAUCUCCCUGUGCAAAGAGAAAAGCGUUAAAUAUCUUACGGAGUUUCUUUUUCCGACUUUAACUGCUCAAUAUUUAGAAGUGUGGUCAACAUGGACUUCCUCCGCUGCCAUUGCCAGACUGGAACCAUAGGCAGACUACAAUUCUAAAACAAACCAGAAGUUCAAUAUUAUUGUUCAAAGCUACAUUUGUUUGCAGAUUGGCUAGGAUGAAAUGCAUCCUGAGAAAUUGAGCUCAGUUGGAGAAAUCCCAGACAGAGCACUGAAGGGAGAUGAGAAUCCAGUGGAAUUAUAUUUGAAGGCAAAAUAAGGCAUAUUUUAAGCUGACUUUACCAUCUAAUGUUAGUACUUACAGUAGACUCAGUUAACAUUUCAAACAUUAAACAGUCUCCCUACACGUGUGUUGCAAAUAUUCCUCCCCCUAAUUAUGAACUACUCAAAAUAAAGGCAUUCAUUUUUAAUUAUCUAUGUUUCGUUACAAAUGGAGUGCUACAAAAUUUUCACUAAUUUCUUAGGACAUCUUUUCUAUAUACUGUUCUAGUUAUUUAUGUAAUAUAGUUUUCAAAUACAUGUCACUGACUGUUAUAUUACCACAAUGCGACCAUCAGUCUGAAAGUAUUUUGAAAACAAACCUUGCUGUGCUAUUGUUUACCUAGCCACAAUGUAACAUUCGUCAGUUAGAGACAUAGGAAAACAAGCUUUUGGCUUUUUGAAGUAGAUGCAAGAUGAAACUAUAAACUAGCACAUUUUCCUCACAUCAUAUUUAAGUAUUAUCUAUGAAGAAUAGAAACUCAUACUCAAACUUGUUUUAAAUUUGUACAGAUUGUUUGCUGUUCUUGUAGUGAAGGAAAAAAUAACCUGUGCCACAAUAAAGUAAUAUUAGGAUGUAGUGUCAUGGCGCAGUAUAAGCCACACUGAUAACAGCUUGGCUUUUAAAAGCUCGAGUGCAAUCUUUUAUGUACAGCUGUAAAGUAAUAAUGUGAGGUGUGUUCAGAUUGAUAUGAGUAACUAUGUACAAAACAAUGAAAAUGUAUAUCUAUCGCUGUACAAAAUGUCAUAUUGAUUUCUCUUGAAUGUCUGUGUUGUAAAGUGAAAAUUAUGAGUGUACAUAUAUAUGUGUAUAUUUUUAAAUUAGUGAAAACUUCCUUUACAUAAAUGGGGUUGUCAACUGUGGAAAACAAUAAAAUGUGAAUACUG